AUUUUUUUUAAUUCAAGCUGAAAACAAGCUUCCCUCCCCGUAAAGUAAAGGAAGCGAUGGGGAAAAAGAAGAAUACAGAGGCCGGCGGCGAUAAUCAGCAUUCUCCGUCCACCAUAUUCGUCGCUAAUUUUCCGUUCACCUUCACUAACUCUCAGUUGGAAGAGGCGUUCAGUGAUGUUGGGCCAGUAAGAAGGUGCUUCAUGGUUACGAAGAAGGGGUCUUCUGAGCACCGUGGAUUUGGCUAUGUUCAAUUCGCUGCUGUUGAAGAUGCUAAUAGGGCCAUUGAACUGAAAAACGGUUCGAUUGUUGGAGGUAGAAAGCUUAUCGUUAAACAAGCCCAACACCGUGCUCCUCUUGAGCAGCGUCGAGCUAAUGUAAAUCAAGUUCAAUCUGAAGAUGCUGUCCAAACAAAGAACGACAAGGCUGCUGAAACUCCGGGGGUAGAAAAAACUGCCAAGUCUUCAAAGAUUCAAGCAAAAGUUCAAUCUGAAGAUGCUGGCCAAACAAAGAAUGACAAGGCUGUUGAAACUCCCGCGGUAGUGAAAACUGGAAAGUCUUCAAAGUUUCAAGCAAAAGUUGAAUCUGAAGAUGUUGUCCAGACAAAGAAUGUCAAGGCCGUUGAAACUGCUCCAGUAGAGAAAACUGGCAAGCCUUCAAAGUUUCAAGCGAAAGGUGAAUUACCGGAGAAAAGAAAAGGAAUGGCUGUUUCCAGUGGUCAUCUUGAGGAGGCGAAUAGUUCUGAAAGACAAAGGGUAGCUAAGACCGUCAUAUUUGGUGGUCUUCUUAGUGUUGAUAUGGCAGAGGAAGUUCAUCGUCUAGCGAGGGAAAUCGGGACUGUAUCCUCUGUCACUUAUCCUCUUCCAAAGGAAGAACUUGAGCAUCAUGGGCUAGCUCAAGAUGGAUGCAAAAUGACAGCUUCAUCUGUACUUUAUACAAGUGUAAAAUCAGCCCGACAAUGUGUUGAAGCACUGCACCAGAAAGAGAUACAUGGAGGAUCUGUUUGGGCACGCCAGCUUGGGGGAGAGGGCUCUAAAACUCAGAGGUGGAAACUUAUAGUGAGAAAUCUUCCGUUCAAGGCUAAAGUGGCGGAGAUAAAAGAGAAGUUUGCUACUGCAGGAUUUGUGUGGGAUGUGGUUAUUCCUCAGAACGCUGAGACUGGAUUUUCUAAAGGAUUUGCAUUUGUUAAAUUCACAUCGAAGCAAGAUGCAGAAAAUGCUAUCAAGAACUUCAAUGGGAAAAGUUUUGGUAAAAGACCAAUAGCUGUUGAUUGGGCUGUUUCAAAAAAGCUUUACACACUUGACAGUAAUGCUGUUGUCGCCAACGAAGAUGCACCGGAAAAAGAUGAUGGAAGCAGUAGUGAUUUGGAGGACAUUGAUUUGAAACCAGUCAAAAAAUCGCCAUCACUUGGUAGCAAUGAUGCCGCGAAAGAAGAGUCAGAUUCAUCGGAUAAGGAUGACAGUAUAAGUGAAGUUGAUUUUGAGCAAGAGGCGGAGAUUUCUAAAAACGUACUUAAGAACUUCAUUACACCCGAUUCUGCAAAUGUUUCUGAAGACAAAGUUUUAGUAUUAUCCGAAGGAGACAUUGACGAUAAAUCUGUUCCAGUCGAAAAGAAAUCGCGUGAUGCAUCUGGUACUGGUGUUGCAGCGGCGGCAGUAAGUGGAGCUGGAGCAGAACCAAAAUAUACUAAGUCACCUCUUCAAGAAGAAGAAGAGUUGCAGAGGACGAUUUUCAUUAGCAAUAUUCCCUUUGAAAUCACUACUGAGGAAGUGAAACAACGCUUUUCUGCAUAUGGUGAAGUGCAGUCCUAUGUACCAGUUCUUCAUCAAGUCACCAAGCGUCCAAGAGGAACUGGAUUUCUCAAGUUCAAAACAGUAGAUGGUGUAGAUGCUGCAGUUUCUGCAGCCAACUCUGGGGGUGGUCUCGGUAUUUUAUUAAAAGGACGAGCGGUGAAGGUGCUCAAGGCUUUGAACAAGACAACAGCGCAUGAUAAGGCAGUGGAGAAGGUUAAAAAAGAGGAUCAAGACCACCGCAAUCUAUUCCUGGCUAAGGAGGGUCUUAUCACUGAAGGGAUGCCUGCUGCAGUAGGAGUUUCAGUGGCUGAUAUGUCAAAACGCAAGAGGUUGUACGAAGAUAAGAUGUCUAAGCUGAAAUCUCCGAACUUCCUUAUAUCUAAGACAAGGCUCAUUGUAUACAAUGUGCCAAAGACUACGCAAGAAAAAGAUCUUAGAAAAAUUUUCAUGGAUGCAGUUACCUCUCGUGCCACUAAGCAAAAUCCAUUCAUUCGACAGAUAAAAAUCUUGCAGGAUGAUUCAAAGAAAGUAAAAGAAGGUGAAAAAAGUCGUCCACGUGGCGUGGCUUUCCUAGAGUUCACCGAGCAUCAACAUGCACUUGUGGCCCUAAGAGUUCUUAACAAUAAUCCUGAUACCUUUGAUCCUGAACAUCGACCAAUCGUGGAGUUUGCUUUAGAGAAUGUCCAGAAACUGAAGCAACGCGCAGAAAAGCUUCAAUAUCAGCAGCAACAAGCCUUUCGCAACGCAGCAGAAGGUGGGUCCCAGCAAAACGGCCGUUCAAGGAGGGUGGGUCCCCCCUCUGACAUGAAAUCAAGAACUCGCAAUUUUGAAGACGUCGAUUCAUAUUCGAAGCCUUUUGUGAAUAAAAAACGAAAAUCAGAAAACGAACUUAGUGAAGUAACUCCAACCGAAGAAGGCAGGGGUACCUCCUCUGACAUGAAAUCAAGAACUCGCAAUUUUGCAGAUGGCGAUUCAUAUUCGAAGCCUUUUGUGAAUAAAAAACGAAAAUCAGAAAACAAACCUGGUGAAGUAACUCCAAUCGAAGAAGGCAGUUUUACUGAGAAGCAGAAGGGUUUUGAAAGACGUGCGAGAAACAGUUUUUCGUCAGAGAAAAAGAUAAAGAAGUCGAAGCCAGAGGUGGUUAGAAAUGAGCAAAAGGGAAGUAGUGAAGUUACCACUUCGAAAGGAGGUAAAAUUAAUAUUGCCAAGCAAGAAAGCACAAAUGCAGUAGUUGCACAAAGAAAACGAAGAAUAUUGCAUGAUGAUAAAUCGAGCAAAAAACGGAGUAAGAAAAAUGAUGCGGUGGUGGAUAAACUGGAUGUAUUGAUCGAACAAUACAGAUCUAAAUUAUCAGGGGGCAACUCUGUUCAUUCUGGUGACAAGAAGCAAGGCUCGAGGAGUCUUAAGAGAUGGUUUGAAACAUAACUUCGGCUUUUAACCAUGGUAAGUUCUUAUGAUUUUUGUUACCCUUCCUUUAAUAGAUUUGAGUUAUUUGUUGUCAAUGUACUAAAAUUUUGACAAUUUGUUGAAAUAUAGUAAAGAUACUACUACGUGCAAAACUGUGUACACCGAAAGAGACCUGGAAAAUAUGAGAAUCAAAUGUGAUGAUUUUUAUUUUUAUUUUUAUUUUUAUUUU